UCACCAAAGAAAAAGACUCUAAAAAAACUCUAAAAUAUCAAGUUUCAAAACGAAACUACAAAUACUAUACUUUGACUCGGCUCCCUAAGUAAGUCACGCGUGUUAUCGCGAUAGUUCCAACAACUGAUGCUUUGAGUCAUAUCUAUGCUUUGCUUUCAGUAUUCAUCUUCUCUUUCAUUACCGGCGGUUUAAGGCAACCCCAGGAUGGACUCAAAGGCAGAGAUUCUGGAGGAGACCUUAGAGACGCUUUUGAAGGGUGAGGGACUCGAGAUGAGAGAGUUUGAUUCAGUCCCUGAACAAGUGAAGCCUGUCAUACUGAGGAAAAGUGUGUGUUACAUUGUCAGCGGAGUUAUCUUCAACUCAAAGGAUGAGGUGUUAAUGGUUCAGGAGGCAAAGAGGGAGUGUUAUGGCAGAUGGUAUCUCCCUGCGGGACGCAUGGAGGAGCGUGAAAGUAUUCUAGAGGCGCUACAGAGGGAGGUCAAGGAGGAGGCAGGAAUAGACUGCCAGCCAAUCACACUGCUGAUGGUUCAAGAACAAGGGCCAAAGUGGGUUCGCUUCGUCAUCCUUGCAGAGGAAAAAGGAGGCUCUCUAAAGACAACAGCAGAAGCAGAUUCUGAAUCCCUUCAAGCUCAGUGGUGGGACCGCGAGUCGCCACUUCCUCUUCGAGCACCUGACGUACUGCCCCUCAUUGAAGCUGGAAUCAAAUAUCGCCGAAAUCCCUCAUUCCCUACAUUAAAACCUGUUGACCUCCCAUGUCACGUUAUCUGCCAAAGACUUUUCGUCACAUUCAUCUCCAGCAACGGUAGCAAUGAGCCCCGUCUGUGGCUGCUGCUGAGCAGCAAUGAUGCCACUCCUCAUCCAAGUCUUCCUAUAGCAGUAUCAGUUGAUACAUACAACACAAUCCCAUGGGCUGCACACAGGCUGAUUAAGGAGUGCAUACCUUCGUCAUCCAUACAUGUUCAAACAUGUGGCAUUCUUGGAGUGCAGCACAACGGGAGAAUUCCAGGGAAAACAGACGGGAUCUGCUUCAACAUGCUUGUGCUGUUGGAAAAUUUAGAGGAUGGGGCUGAAAUCAGCAGCCCACCACCAUUGGAGGGUGAUGCUUACAGAUGGCAUGACGUGACCAAUCCGAGUCUGAAGGCAAAGAUAAUACAGAGAAUUAAAGAAAAAUCUGUUCUGCCUGUUCAGAGUCUAUAGUGAUGCUCUGUCACCCCAGCAGAGGAUCAGGACAUAACGAAGGCCAGAACUGAACCUGCAUUUUCCACUAGAGCACCAAGGCUCAGUGUGUCUAAAGCUUGUUCAGUGGCCAUACACACCUCUUUGGCGUCUGCACUUUGUUUCGGUAUAAUGUUACUAAGAAUUAAUUCUAAUAUACACUGAUACACAUCCACUAUACAGUCACAAUAUAAUCUAUUUAAAAAAAACAAAAACAGUUCUGAAUUUGUAACCCUUUGUGAAAACUUAAAUUAAAACACAUACUAAUACUACAUACUAAAACGUACUUUUAAUUAAGUGUACAGCAGUGGGUUAAUUAUUCUUAUUAUAUUUAAAGUUAAUAUAUUCUAAAUGUACUACUAUUACAAUUGCAACAUUACAAAUGUGAAAUUAUGACUACGUUUAAAUAAAUCAAGUAUAUUGUCAAGUAAAAAGUAUAUUGUCAAAUACACUCAAAAAAAAAGUUACACAAAAUCUUAAAAAUAUAAUAAUGUUUCAUUAGAAUGUAAAUUACAUGCAAUGAAGUGUCCGAAAACAUUGUUUAGUUUGCACAAGUAUAUUAUUAUAAAGUAUAUUAUUUCUGUAAUGGGUCCUCUUUUUAAAAGUAUGCUGAAGUGUAUUUCUUUUUCACAAAGGACUCUCAUACUUAGGCAGGGACUAUAGCUGUAGGUCAGCACAAUCUGAAUAUAGCGCCGUCAUAGCAUUUCACCUCAGUCAUCAUCAUAUGAACAAUUUAAAAGAAUUAUUGCUGUAAGGAAAAAGUCAUGAAAAAUGGGUUUAUGGUUGAUGAUAAUGUAGGUUUAGCAAUAUUUCUUAAGUCCAUCUUUGUAGGGUAUUGCAGCAUCAAAGUAUCUGUUUAUUUUUAUAUUUGCACAUUACAAAACUAGCUAGUACAGGAAAUCACUUUUUCACUUUUCACAUUAUAGUACAGCUAUUACAGUGUGGAUGUAUAGCAGUGGUUUUCAAGCUUUGGGUCACGAGAAAAAUAUGUACCAAAGUUCAAGACUCAGGGAAGAAGGAAAGAAACGUUACUGGUGUUGUGCUCAAUGUUGAACAAAUAUUGUUUCCCCUAAACAUACGACUUAACAUACCAAUAGGGAACAACACCGGCCCUAUCCUACUUCACUAUAUAUAUAUUGUGUUUUCCAAUAUGGGUUGCGUCACUUUUAAAGAGAACAAAAAUAGGGUUGCUCUUAAAACUGUUUGAAAACCAAUGAUUUAUAGUUACCUCUGUUAAAAGAGCUCUUUCUUCAUCUCAGUUUGGGUCAUAUUUUAUCAAAUCAACUAUAUAAUCUAUUCUAAGUUAUAACCUAUUAUUGAUUAUAAAAUGCAUCUAUUAUUUUGCAUAAUGUAGAUUUUAAAAUGUAGUUUUAAUGUGCAUGAGGUAAAGGAUCUUCCAGGGUUUUCAGGGUUUGUUUGCCUGCUUAAAACGUGUUUAAAAUUAAAAUGUGAAAAAGUGAUACAUGUUCAAAGUAUAGCCUAUAUAUCUUACAAUACUU